AUGUCCGAUACAGAGACUAUUAACGAGAUCUUAAAACUAAAAAAGGCCUUGGCUUCCACCGAUGAAGUCUUUGACCCAAAAGCUCCAUAUAUUGGCGACUUUCAAACAAACCGCAACCAGAAACUUAAGCGUGGAGCUGAUAAAGUUUACCGCAGUAGGCUUCAAGUCGUUCCUUAUGACGGAUACGAUUCAGGAAUUGGCGAAUAUCAAGGUCAUCGACGUGCUAUAGUCUCCAACAAGAAACAAAAAACACAACACUCCUCGAUACCUAAAGAUCUAUCUAAAGUUGACGGUGAAGUCAAGCCUGAGACAGCCGACGCGUCAAAAAAUAAACCUGAAGCAGAUGCAGACGCAGACAAUGAAGACAAUGGCAAUGACGAGGAUGAUUAUGAUAAUAACAAUGACAAUGACAAUAAUACAGACCCAUAUGCUCAAGUUAAUAUUUCAGAUCUACUGGCACCACUUACAGACCCAGCAAACUUGCCUUCACACCCAUCCAUGGCGCGUGCAUUCACAAGCAGAACAAUUCGAGGGCUGGCGCGACGCGCACUUGACAUUGUGAAUGAGGAACACAAACACACAGUUCAGUUUGCACGGCUUAUGAGCGUGUUUCUGGGCGAUGACCCCAUGUAUCUCAAAGUCGAUAAGCUAAAUUUGCCAGUGUAUGACCAUCUGGGCGGUAUUACAGAUAACAAAGAAGGGUGUGCAAGUACAAGCAAUACUACAACUCUUGUAAAUGGAAGUGCACCAGCAUUGGCAAUAACAGCAACUUCUGGAUCUACAACGACACCAACUACAACAGCAAUAACAGCUUCAUCAACGACAUCAACUACAUCAACAACGGCAGCAACGGUACCGGCAACGACGACAACAGCAACAACAGCAACAACUACGACAACUACGACAACAAUAGCCACAAUACCAGGAGUUAAUGGAACUGCUGGAGAGUCGAAUGGAGAUGCCGGAGGAAACUUUCCACUGCUUUCAGCAUCCUCCACGCCAUCAGUUCUCAAGUCCAAGUCUGGGCGCAGUGCGCAAUCUCUUUCUUCGGACCUGGAGCCAUUUUUUGGGCUUCCACAGAUCCACGUUGAUCGGGAUUAUGGAAUCAAGCCGGACGAUGCAGAAGAUGCACGACAACUAACACAGAUUGCCCAACAACGUAGCGAAGAGUUUAUCCGGUGUAUGGCCAAGGUGCGUCACGGAUUGUUGCGUGCAGAACGGUACCAAAGCAAGGUAUAUCGAUGGUGCCGGGAAAUGGCAGGAGAUGAAGAUGAUAGUGAUGGAAUGGAGGGCCAUGAUUCUACCAAGACAGCGUCGACAACAACAACAACAACAACAACAACAACGACGACUACGACGACUACAAAUACCACAAAUACAACGGAAAAGAAGAAAAAGAAGUAG